AUGUACUGUCAGUUCCGUUCAUCGUUUACAGUCGACCCGACUACGGGCGUCUACACAGCAGGCAUCCUAUCUCCCACAGGCAUACCCACGGAUCCUCCCCUGACGUCGUAUGGAAAGGAGCAGGCGAAUGAGCUGGCAGAUUACCUUCUAAACAUUGACCCGCCUGUUGAUCGUAUCGUCUCUAGUCCGUACUACAGGUGCCUGCAGACGAUCGAGCCAUUUGUAGUGAAGCGUAAUGAAACCAGGGCUGUCUCGACAAAAGACGCCCAGGGCGCAAUAGGCUCUGCAGACGACUUGGCAAAGAUUGAGGUAGAGUCGGGUAUUGGUGAAUGGUUUGGUCAUGCUCCUUGGGAACAUCCAGCUCCUGCGCCUUUGGGCCAACUGCGGAAGCUGUUUCCCGAUAUUGAUGACAGCUAUCGCUCCCUGGUGACGCCACCCAGGAACGGCGAGACUCUUGCGCAGCUGCAUGAUCGAGUUGCCACUGCCGUAGACCGCAUUGUAACACAGUGUGAUCGUGAGGGCAAGAAGGCGGUGGUGCUUUGCACACAUGCAGCUGUCGUGAUUGCAUUAGGCAGAGUUCUCACAGGAAAUAUGCCGGAUAAUGUCGAAGUGGAGGACUUUGCUGCAUAUACUUGCGGACUAAGCAAAUACCGGCGGAGAACAGGGGUCACGCGCUCCGAGAGUCUUGAUCAAUCGGCUUUGACGGAGAUACCAGAGUGGAGGGGAGGAAUCGGCAUUAGCGGCGGCUGGACGUGCGAGGCGGACUCUGAUUGUUCUUUCCUCAAUGGAGGACCAGAGAGAGGCUGGCGGUUCGCAGGUGAUGAGUCCUUCAGCGCUGUCGAAGGUCACAGCCUGGCAGGAUCUGGAGCCGGUCUGGGAGUGGACGUCGAAGGGCCGGGAUCCAGGGCAAGUAGAAAGCAGCAACAACAACAAUCAGCGAUCUUGGACGCCUCUAAGCUCUAA